GACGCACGCCUGGUCCCUGCAGCCUAUUUGGAGAAUGAGGAACCGGCAGGGGUAGCUCAGGGUACCUGCUUCCCGGACAUGGGGAGCCUCGCUCUGGCAUCCAAUUGUGACGUGAUAGAGGCUUAUGACUGCGGAGGGGUGGCUGCUGGGGCACCUUGCUGGCACACGAUCGGACAGCCAGGAGAGAGAGGGACAAGUCAGCCUUGGUGCCCCUGAUCCUAGACCUAUACCAUCAGGGGAAACAGGAGCCCUGAGGUUUAUUCAGGAAGAUGCUGACCUGAACGUCCGGAACCCCCGGUCUGGCCAACAUGGAUGAAAUGCACACUCUGUAUUCUUCCCUGAAGAGACUGUUAUCUUUCUUCAAUGACUUCAGAGUUAUGUCUGGGUUGAUCCUUAUAGAUGGCCUGGGCAUCUAUGUCAAAUUCAGAGAGGCUGUCCUGGCAAGGGUCCUUGGGUUAUCCUCUGCAUAUCUCCUUAACACUGGCUGUCUGUGCCUGUCAGUGGGCUGCCUCAUGGUGCUUCUUGGCUUUGUUGGGUGGUAUGGAGCAACCAGAGAAAAUAGGGGCACUCUCUUGUUUGUUCAAGAAAUGGCCUUGGAGCACAUCUUCGCGACCCUGAGGAAGAAUAGAGGUUACGAUGAGCCAGAUGACUGUUCCACAGAAUGGGACUUGGUCACGGAGAAGUGGAAGUGCCGUGGGGAGAAGAAAUACACAGAUCUUUCCGUCUUCUCCUUUGAAAUGACAACUGUUGGUUACUCCUGCCCCAGGAGCCAUGGUAGAUCCAUUAGGACCACAGCCUGUGACGGGCGCAACGUGUCCACGGACAUCACCCACCAGGAGGGCUGUUCCCUCAAGGUCUAGACAAUAACCAAGACUCAGAGCUUCAACUUGAGUGGUGGCUCACUGGAGGCAGCAGUGAUACAGGUGUUUACUAUUGGGCAAACCUAA